CACUCAUUGCCUCUCUUUUUUUCUUUCCCCUUAGCCAUUUCAAAGAAGUCCUCAUGGCUUUGGUUUCACAUUUAUGUUUGUGUGAUUAUGACUUGAACUCAUUACCUGCCUUCUUCUUAUUCUUCAACAACAAUUUUCCUCUUUCUUUCUUUUUGGUCUUUUGUAUUUUAUAAAUAUUUUUAGUGUUCCUAUACUAAUUACUAAUUCUUGAUGAGUAUGGAUGAUUCAUUUGAUGAAGAGUGUGAUUAUUUAUUCAAGUCAGUUCUUGUUGGAGACUCAGCUGUGGGGAAAUCAAACCUUUUAUCAAGAUUUGCAAGAAAUCAAUUUCAGCUUGAUUCUAAGCCAACUAUAGGUGUGGAAUUUGCUUAUAGAAAUAUUAGAGUUGGUGAUAAACUCAUCAAGGCUCAAAUAUGGGACACUGCUGGACAAGAAAGGUUUAGAGCAAUUACAAGUUCAUAUUAUCGCGGAGCCCUUGGUGCUUUACUUGUCUACGACAUAACAAGAAGGACAACAUUCGAAAAUUUAAGAAAAUGGCUACAUGAACUUAGGGAAUAUGGAAGUUCAGACAUGGUAAUUGUUCUUGUUGGUAACAAAUCUGAUUUAUCCAAUUCUUCAAGACAAGUAAAUAUUGAAGAUGGACAAAGCCUUGCACAAUUAGAAGGAUUAUCUUUUUUGGAAACAUCAGCUAUGGAAAAUUUAAAUGUUGAAGAAGCAUUUCUACAAAUGAUUAACAAAAUUCAUGAAAUUGUAAGCCAAAAGAGCUUAGAAGCAAAGUUAAAUGAAGUGACUACACCAAAGUCACUUCAAGAAGGGAAAAAAUUAGAAAUUAUUAACAUGAUGGAUAAUGAAGUAACAGCCACUAAACAAAAUGUUAAUUGUUGUUACUGAAUUUACUAAUUGUUUGUAAUUUCUUUUGA